AAAACACUUGUUUUUCAAAUGAAUUGUAUUUGUGUUUCUGUCGUCUGUUAUCUGAAGAAACAAAUGAAAAGCAAUAGUGUUUUGAAUUGAGUGUUAAUUGCGUGCAAUAUAUGGCAAUAUAUGGCAACAAAAUGGUCUCAUAUGUACCGCAUAUGACAUACGGUUUAAUAACAUUUAUAAUUGUUAUGAUUUGUUUGAAUCAACAAAGGAUUCACUCAAUAGACAGCAAUCGACACGAUAUUAAGACAUGGCUUCAAGACAGUGGUCUGAAUGGGAAGACAACAAACAAACUCAUCGCCAGAACCGGAUGCAAUACUUUGAUCAAUUGUGUGGAUGUGAUCACCACUCUUGGCCAACAGUUGGACGGCCAGACAUCGAGUGGUUCCCAUUCCGAAGCCCUCAAAAUUCUUGUUGAAUUAGCCGUCGCUUUCAAGAAUCACACGAUUCUACAGAAAUGGCUCACAAAUAAUAAUAUUGCCAAUGAUUUCAUCCAUAUUCAGAAAUCGGGAUUCUUGUCAUUUGUAACUGGAAAUUAUUUGGCGCCACAGAACUCACGAGUGAAGUUCGAGUGGACAGAUCCGGCAGUCGUCGGCAAUACAAUGACUUUUGUAGUUAAAUUCUUUCAACGAAAUGGUCGUCCGUUUCCGAUAUCGAGUGAAGACAAUCUGAAAGUAGAGAUAAUUCAAGGAUCGCAUGUCAUUCCCUCGUCGACAGAGUUGGGCGGAUGUGAUCCCAGAACUGCUAACACAGCGAGAGUUCAAUUCACUGCCAAACGGUCGGGUUCUUACAGCAUAAGUAUAUUGAUUGGUCCGAAUCCGGCGCACAUUCGCGGCUCUCCUUUCACUGACAUAUACUUCCUGCCGACUAAUCCCUCUCCUCAGGAAACCGGAUUUAUUAACUAUUGCUCGACAGUCAUAUGCACUGAGAAGACACCGCACGCUUUGUUCAUUAAACUUAGGGACAAAUACGGAAACUUAUGUCCCAUUUCUCAGAAUUUUGACGCCAGCGAUGAUUUCUCCGUCGAUUUGGUGGAAAUGUCGUCCGGAAAACCGAUUCAUUCGGCUUUUUAUUGGGAUAUUCAGCCAAAUCUAAGUCGAAUUGCACUCGUCUUAAAGUUAGAUAAGGAAGGCCUUUACAGUGCGGUUGUCUCAUACCGGGGCUCUUCCCUCAAAAAUGGCGAGUUUAGUAUAAUUGUGUUGAACAGCACUGAAUCGGCUUUAGUUCAGAAGCAUUCGAGUAAAAAGAGCCAAACGUCGGGAUUCUCUGCCAAACUAUUGACACAAAAUAACGAUCGACUGAAUAAACCGAAAAAAGUAUUCUGUUAUAUAUCUCCCAAACAGUUAACCAUAAAAGAGUACAUUUUGAAGAUAAUUCCCAAACGAAUUGUCACUUUCCGUUUGUGUCCGUCGACUAAAUUCCAGUUUUCAAAGUUGGACAGCAAUCUAUCGCCGACUGAAGACAAUAGUGAUAUAGCGAACCAAUUGCUUGUUAUCGAUGACGGCUGUCAGCCUCCCAUCGAACUCAUUAGCGAAGAGCGGAACGUAAUCGCAGCCACUUUUACACAAUUCCUAUUGAAUAAUAUCGGCGGAAGUGAAACAUUCAAAGAUAAACAGGACUUCUUCUACUCAGAAGUCAGAAAAUAUCAUCAAAAAAAUUUUCACGAAAAAACUCAGAUCCGAAUCGAUCGGCAAAAGUUGUUGGAAUCGUCAAUGAGAGCGACAAAAGGCUUGACUAUCAACGAGUGGUGUAAGAACUUUGAGAUACAGUUUGUCGGAGAGUUGGGCGUCGAUUGGGGCGGACUUCGGAGGGAAUGGUUUGAGGUGUUGAGCGGAGUUCUCUUUGACGCCAAUCAAACCGAUUUGUUUCAGCGCUUCAAAAACGAUAGACAGGGUUUAGUGCAACCGAAUCCCAAGUCUGAGCUCAAACUCAAAUACUAUGAGUUCGCCGGAAAGAUAGUGGGAAAGUGUUUGUAUGAGUCGGCGCUCGGGAGUAGUUAUCGCCAGCUCGUGAAGGCGCGCUUUUCCCGUUCAUUCUUAGCACAACUCAUUGGUCUUAGAGUUCAUUACAAGUACUUCGAGAGGGACGACCCCGACCUCUAUGUCUCUAAAAUCAGAUUCAUUAUCGAUAACGACGUCGAAGAUAUGGACAUGUAUUUCACUGAAGACGAGUACGACAUGAGUUCGGGAAAACUGUUACGUACUGUGGAUUUGAUACAAAACGGAUCUAAAGUGAAAGUAACGAACGCUAAUAAAUUGCAAUAUUUAGAUGCACUCGCGCUCUACAAACUGUCCACUUCUGUGAGGGAACCGAUUGAAUACUUUCUCAAAGGACUCAAUGACUUAAUACCAGAUAAUCUGUUGUGUAUAUUCGAUGAGAACGAGUUGGAGCUCUUGAUGUGCGGUUCCGGCAAUUACUCCAUUUCUGAGUUUAAGGCCAACCACGCCGUCAGUUGCGGUAAUUACGAGUUCCGUAAGAUUUUGGACUGGUUUUGGACCGCAGUCUCCAAUUUUACCGAUGAAGAGAUGGCACGACUGUUGCAGUUCACGACCGGGUGCUCACAACUGCCUCCGGGAGGGUUCGCGGAACUGAAUCCCAAAUUCCACAUCACAUCUGCGCCCACAUUCGGAGUGUUGCCGACCGCUCACACGUGUUUCAAUCAGAUAUGUUUACCCGAAUACGACUCUUAUGAACAGUUCGAGAGAGCGCUACGACUGGCCAUCAACGAGGGUUCCGAAGGCUUUGGUAUGAUUUGA